GCGCACGAAGAGCACGAGCGCCGCUGAGGUGAUCGUGCCGCGCGCUCCAGUCUCAGCAGCAGGAGGAGCGUAUAAUCCUCUCGUUUAAUGUUGACAGCGACGCGACACGAGCGAUUUUAACAAUUCUGUGCAGGAAAUCGGACACUGGGACGCAUAUUUCAGCAGAGCCCGUGUGUUUAAACGCACGGGGUGUCUAGAGACGGAUGAGCGGCUGUCAGGCCGAACGCCGUCGGAUGGGAUUCCCGGUCUAGAUGGAGAGUAACGUUAACCGAGCGAGCGGAGAAGCGUCGCUGCUGUAAAUAAUUCAACAUCGGCGUGGUCAACAAAAAUGCAUCUGCACCAGGUGCUGACGGGAGCCGUGAACCCGGGGGACUGCUGCUACUCCGUGGGAAGCGUCCACGACAUCCCGUUCACGGCCUAUGGCUCAGGCUGUGAUAUCGUGAUCCUUGCAAGUGAUUUUGAGUGUGUUCAAAUUAUUCCUGGAGCUCAGAAUGGAAACAUCCAGGUGGGCUGUGUGGAGUGCUCUCAGCAGCUCGGCCGGAUUGCUGCGUCUUAUGGAAAUACCGUUUGUAUUUUUGAACCGAUUGCUUCCAACCCAAAUAAACGUCACAAGCAACUGAAUUACCAAUGGCAGAAGACUGGUCAGUUCUUUCUCAAUGCUAUAACCUACAAUCUGGCCUGGGACCCCCAAGGCAAUCGUAUCUUGGCAGCGACUGAGCGUUUGCAGCUGUGGGCUCCUCCGACCAGUGACACGCUGAUAGAGGAAGAGGACAGUCAGCUGAAUGAUGACAGAGCUCAUGAGCUCAUACUCAACGACUGGAAAUGUGUCUGGCAGUGCAAAACUGCUGCUGCUGUUCACAUCACUCAGUGGUCUCCAGAUGGAGAAUACUUCGCCACAGCUGGAAAGGAUGACUGCCUGCUGAAGGUGUGGUAUCCCUCCACAGGAUGGAAGUCUGCAGUGGUGAUGCCAGACGUGACUGAUAAAAAGAUCUCAGCGGUUCAUUUCUCAUUUGUGUAUCUGGCACAUCCGCGUAUGGUGACAGGCUUCUCCUGGAGGAAGACCAGUAAAUAUAUGCCCAAGGGCUCUGUGUGUAACGUGUUGCUGACGUCCUGCGCGGAUGGCAUCUGUCGUCUAUGGAGUGAGACCCUCUUGCCUGAGGACAGUCUGUUGGGGGGGCAGAUCUCAGAGAACAGCACCAGCUUCAGCUCCUCUCUGCCAAACAUCGCUCAGAAAGACAAGAUACAGCACGCUCUGGAGUCUAUCCACCACCUCAAGCACCUGCGCAGGGGCCGCAGAAGAUCAUCUGCCCUGGUAGCCCACACCGAGCUGCUGCCCAGCCAGCUGGGGUCCCACGAAACUCACCGCCACAUUUCACACCACGCCAACGCCCUCUGCCAUUUCCACAUCUCUGCCAGCAUCAAUCCCAACACAGAAGCUCGCUGUAGUCCCUACCAGCCUUUGGAUGAGUUGUCUGAUAAGGGCUCUUCAGAGCAUGAGGAGGGAGAUCAGGAGGGCAGCACCAAGGCCUCUUCUCCAGGUUCGAGCAGCAGUCUUCCUCUGCCCUCUGUUUUGCUGGAUCGGAAGCUGGAUGCUCUCAUCCUGGAGUGGAACAAGAGUCACUUGAGCUCCUCAUCUAUCUACCCUGUGUGUUUGGCUCCAUACCUGAUUGUGACCACCUGUUCUGAUGGACGUGUCAGGUUCUGGCACUGUAGGGUGGACAUGGAAUUAUCAGCGCCACACCCCAAAGAGACACGUUCAUAUCGGUGGGAGCAAUGGAGCCUCUUGAAAGAAGAAGAUGACAUCGACAGCUCUGUGUGUGUUGCGGGCCGACCCGUUGCGGUCAGCUGCUCCUACACGGGAAGACUUGCUGUGUCGUUCAAACAGAUGUCGCUUGAGAACGAGGGUGGCACGCCUCAGGACUUCUCCAUGCUUGUAUCAAUCUACGAGUGUGAGUCGACGGGUGGCUCGGAGUGGGUCCUGGAACAGACGAUUCACCUUGAUGAUUUUAGCAAACCUGGGAAAACCCUAGAUCCACGUGUUAGUGUUGAUAGCAAUUUGGUUGUCUAUAGCAAGUCAGAUCUGUUUGUAACCAAAGACAGCCCUAAUAUCAAACACUUUGUGCACCUGGACUGGCUGUCAAAAGAAGAUGGGUCGCACAUCCUGACGGUCGGGGUUGGAUCCAACAUCCUUAUGUAUGGACGCAUCUCAGGGGUUGUCACAGAGCAGACAGGAGUGAAGGAUGGCAUGGCAGUCACCCUACCUUUAGGAGGCAGUAUAAAGCAGGGAAUUCGCUCUCGUUGGGUGCUUCUGAGGUCUGUAAACCUCGUCUCUUCUGUGGAUGGUACCCCAUCCCUGCCGGUGUCCCUAUCCUGGGUGCGUGAUGGCAUCCUGGUGGUGGGCAUGGAUUGUGAGAUGCAGGUUUAUGCGCAGUGGAGGCAGGACGAAAAACCAGGCGACUCAGACAACAACAGCAUCUCAUCCCCAGAGGGCGUUGGAGGUCGCACUGUGUCUGUUUCAAAUGAGGGCAGAGCGCGAUCUAAGAGUGUCUUCGAGGGUAGUGCAGGAAUUGAUGAUGUUUUCCGCCCCCCUGCAGUGAUUCAAGAUGGUGGCUUGUUUGAGGCUGCCCAUUCAUUGUCACCCACUCUUCCGCAAUACCAUCCAACCCAGUUGCUAGAGCUUAUGGACCUCGGAAGGGUACGUCGUGCUAAGGCCAUUUUGGCACACCUGGUCAAGUGCAUUGCUGGAGAAGUUGCAGUGGUGAGGGAUGUGGAAGCAGGUGAGGGUGGUGCCAGGAGGCAUCUAUCCCGAACCAUCAGCGUGACGGGAAGCACAGCAAAAGACAUUAUCGUUGCUGGCCGAGAUGUUGGGCGAGAUUACACUGAAAUCAACUCUAUUCCCCCACUUCCACUAUACGCCCUGCUGUCUGCAGACCAGGACACCUCUUACAAGAUGGGAGAGGAAGCGGGAAAAGGGGCAGAUCGUGAUACACAGAAACAACCAGAAGAUCAAUACUCUGAUCUGUUUCAGGUGCAGACUGUCACCACUGACGAUUUUGUGAGCUUUGCUGCAGAGAAACCAGAGAAGAAGUCUCGUGUGAUUAACCUAUCACAAUACGGCCCCACAUACUUUGGCCCUGAACAUGCACAAGUGCUGUCUUCCCAUCUAAUGCACUCCAGCCUGCCAGGACUCACACGCCUCGAGCAGAUGUUCCUUGUGGCUCUUGCCGAUACUGUGGCGACCACUAGUGCAGAAGUAGCAGGACCCACAGAUAAACAGUACGCUGGUGGAGAGGCUCUAGAUGAGUGUGGUCUACGUUACCUGCUGGCCAUGAGGUUACAUACCUGUCUGCUGACAUCCCUGCCCCCACUCUACAGGAUGCAGCUACUGCAUCAGGGUGUGUCCACAUGUCACUUUGCGUGGGCGUUCCACUCAGAGGCUGAGGAGGAGAUGCUGAACAUGAUUCCUGCCAUGCAAAGAGGAGAUCCGCAGUGGUCUGAGCUCAGGGCGGUGGGCGCCGGUUGGUGGGUCAGAAACAUUAACACACUGAGGCGGAUGGUGGAGAAGGUAGCCAAAGCAGCAUUUCAGAGGCAUAAUGAUCCGCUGGAUGCAGCUCUCUUCUAUCUGGCCAUGAAGAAGAAGGCUGUUCUCUGGGGUCUCUUUAGGUCUCAACAUGAUGAGAAGAUGACCCAGUUUUUCAGCCAUAACUUCAGUGAGGACCGCUGGAGGAAGGCAGCUUUAAAGAACGCCUUCUCUCUCCUGGGCAAACAGCGCUUUGAGCAGUCAGCUGCAUUUUUCCUGCUCGCUGGCUCCCUGAAAGACGCAAUUGAGUUUGAGGGGAAAGUGGCUGCAGGUCAGCUGGAGAAAUGGGGAGAUGAUGGAUCUCUGGACCUGGAAGACUCACAGAUUCGUGGUGAAGCAGGUGCAUACGAACGUCAUCAGAUGGAGCGACGGCGUCUGCAGGCCAAGCAGCUACAUGCAGAGCGGAGGAAAGCCUGGCUGAGAGAGAAUCAGGCUCUGCUCAGAGUCUUCCUCAGUUACUGCAGUCUACACGGAGCCAAGGGUGGAGGAGUGACUUCUGUCAGGAUGGAGCUACUCUUUCUGCUGCAGGAAUCACAGCAAGAAAUGACAGUGAAGCAGCUUCAAUCGCCACUCCCCCUCCCCACCACUCUGCCCCUGCUGUCGGCCAGCAUCGCCCCCACCAAGACUGUCAUCGCCAACCCUGUCCUGCAUCUCAGAAACCACAUACAUGAUGUCCUCUACACCAUUGUCCAGAUGGAGGCUCCACCACACCCAAACAUACUGGACGACCGGGUGAAUGCUUUACACACACUCGCUGCUUCUCUAUCAGCUUGUAUCUACCAAUCGCUGUGUGACAGCCACAGCUACAGUAGUCCGUCGGAGACCAAUCAGUUCACAGGGAUGGUCUAUCAGGGGCUGUUACUGAGCGACAGGCGUAGACUUCGCACAGAGAGCAUCGAGGAACAUGCAACGCCCACCUCUGCCCCUGCACAGUGGCCAGGUGUGUCGUCUCUGAUCAGUCUGCUGGCGUGUGCUCAGGGUGAUGAUCAGAUUCGUCUGAACGUCAUGUUGUGUGAGGCAGUGGUGGCUGUGUAUCUCAGUCUGCUGAUUCACGGUCUUGGCACACAUUCUGGAAACGAGCUCUUCCGGCUGGCUGCUCAUCCCCUCAAUAACCGCAUGUGGGCAGCCGUGUUUGGGGGUGGAGCCAAGCUUAUUGUCAAACCCAAGCGGCCACCUGAAAUCACUCCAGCAGUACCUCCUCCAACCCCUCCUGCUGAGGACGUGGACCGACAGCGACGCAGGUUUAACAUGCGCAUGCUUGUUCCUGGACGUCCCGUUAAAGAGACUCCAGCCACACCUCCGCCCAUCCCUGUAGAGCGGCCCACCUAUAAGGAGAAAUUCAUUCCACCUGAGCUCAGCAUGUGGGAUUACUUUGUGGCCAAACCUUUCCUUCCUCUCUCUGACAGCGGAGCACUGUAUGAUUCAGAUGAGAGCGGUGGUAGUGACAAUGAGGAUGAUGAUGAUGAUGAUGAUGCCUUCCUCUCAGACACACAGAUGACAGAACACUCCAAUCCAAACUCCUACAGUUGGUCUCUGAUCCGCCUUGUGAUGGUCAAACUUUCCCUGCACAAUGUCAAGACGUUCCUGCCCCUGACAGGACUGGACUUCACAGAGUUGCCAGUGACGACUCCCCUGACCAAUGCCGUGCUGAAGACACUGGAAAACUGGGAACAGAUUCUCCUGGAAAAAAUGAACAAAUUUGACAGCCCUCCACCAAACUACAUCAACACCUACCCCACGGACCUGAGUGCUGGCGGGGGACCGGCUAUACUCAGACACAAAGCCAUGCUAGAACCAGAUAACACACCGUUCAAGUCAAAACACCACCUCUCCUUCCCUGCUCGCCGUCUGUGGCAUUUUCUAGUCAAGCAGGAGGUUCUCCAAGAGACUUUGAUUCGAUACAUCUUCACAAAGAAAAGGAAGCAGAGUGAGUCUUUAGAUGAUCAUGUGGACCACCUCAUACAAAACUACGUUACUGGAGCUCGAAAAACCAACAAGGUGGAGGCUGAUAUGGGUUACCCGGGAGGCAAAGCCAAAAUCAUCCAUAAAGAAUCUGACAUCAUCAUGGCAUUUGCCAUUAACAAGGCUAACACUAAUGAAAUAGUGCUGGCGUCUACUCAUGAUGUCCAGGAAGUGGACGUGUCCUCACUGCUCGCAGCUCAGCCUUACACCUGGAUCGGAGAGGAAUUUGACAAGGAGUCUCGCAGCUCUGAUGAUGUGGAUUACCGCUCGUCUCACACCAACAUCGCCCAGACUAGUGCCGGUCCCUUUGCCCCCCAACAAAUGGCAGCAUCAUCCUCCAUGCCAUGGCUGGGCAGCGGACAGACCAGCAUGGGUGCCAGUGUGAUCAUGAAGAGGAACCUGAAUAACGUGAAGAGAAUGACAUCUCAUCCCAUCUAUCAGUACUAUAUGACGGGUGCUCAGGACGGCAGUGUGAGGAUGUUUGAGUGGAAUCGUCCACAGCAGCUCAUCUGUUUCAGACAGGCCGGAAACGCUCGAGUCACACGCCUCUAUUUCAACUCACAGGGCAACAAGUGUGGUGUUGCAGAUGGCGAGGGCUUUUUGAGCCUCUGGCAAGUCAAUCAGACCUCCUCAAACCCCAAACCUUAUUUGAGCUGGCAGUGUCACAGUAAAAGCUGCUGUGAUUUCGCCUUCAUUACGUCCUCCAGUCUGAUUGCCACAGCAGGACAGUCUAACGAUGGCAGGAAUGUUUGUUUAUGGGACACUCUGAUCUCUCCAAGUAACUCUAUGAUACACGCGUUCCAGUGCCAUGAGAACGGCGCAACGGUUCUUCAAUAUGCUCCUAAACAGCAGCUAAUCAUCACGGGCGGCCGGAAGGGAUUCGUCUGUAUUUUUGACAUCCGUCAGAGACAGCUACUCCACACAUUCCAGGCACAUGAUUCAGCCAUCAAAGCGAUGGCCAUGGACUCCACUGAAGACUUCUUCGUCACCGGCUCAGCCGAAGGGAACAUGAAGGUCUGGAAGUUGGCGGGUCACGGUCUCAUGCACUCCUUUAGCACCGAGCACGCUAAACAGUCCAUAUUCCGAAACAUCGGCGCCGGCGUGAUGAAAAUCGAAACCUGCCCAGGCAACCGGAUCUUCACCUGCGGAGCCGACGGGACCCUGAAAAUGAGGGUCCUUCCCGACCGCUACAACAUUCCGGCCAGUAUAUUCCAGAUCCUCUAACACCGGAGCGGCCGUAGAACACUAAUGCUUUCAUCGGCACCUCCACGUUCCCUUAGCUGUGAAUUGUAACAAAUAUCUCGCGCUGCAGAAUAUCUUUACCACCCUGCCCCACAAAAGACGUUGGAAAACACGCAUGAGGUCCCUCAAUUCUAACGAUCGACUACUGUAAUUUCUGGAGACGAAUCCAGAUAACGUGUUGGUAGGAAAGCCGUAUGCAUGAGCUGUUUGAAUCAUCGCACUCCAUUCCCAGGUUAUUGGUCGUGCUCUGUAAAAGUGCUCAAAGCUCCAUUUUUAAGUGUGUAUGUGUGUGUGUCUUCAUUCUGUGCCCAUUGUAGCAUCUAAAAACCACCACUGUGCUUCUGAUAUCAGUGUAAGUCCAGUUGUUGGAUUAUGUUUUUACUGUUCAUUUUCUCCUUCGCUGCUAAUGUAUUUGCAGAGUGUAAAAAUGGCAGAGUACCCUGGCAGCCCGGCGGUUGCGCCGUGGCCCCAGAGACACACCCCCUCCCUUCCACACGCACACGCUGCUGACACGCUUGUUUCCGUAGCAGCCAAACAGCUAAACAUUCCACGCAAGACGACGAUGCUUGCUCCUGGAAAUGACGUGUUUGACCUUUUCAUCUCUCAAGCCCUGAAAUUCUCACUUUGAACUUUUUUGCACAAAAUAUUUGUUCGUUUGUUUGCUCGUUUUAGUUUCGUUUGUUCUUUUUCAAAUUCUUAUUUAUAUUAAAUUUUAGGAAUGCACGGGAUGUUUUAGAUGUCUGGGACAAAGUGCAACACUGAAUAGGUUUGUGGUUUAUGUAUUUAUUUUUUUUUCAUGUUUUAUCUAUUCUAAAUAUUUGCACUCAGAUCUGGGGAAACAAUAACACUCUUAUGUUACACGUGAUAAAAGCUCUAUUAGAGGAAACUGUUAUUUACUAAUGAAUGUCUGGCUUUGUGUGGCCGAGUAGUAAAAAGUGGAAAUAGUUUUAAAUUAAUAAAUAUAUAUAUAUAUAUAAAUAUAAAAAUGAUUUAUGACAAUAGCUUGUACAAACAAAAUAACGCUUUUAGUUUCUUUUUUGAUUUUAUCAUAACUGCUGGAAUAGUCGUAUAUUUGGUUUGAUGUAUGUGGUAUUUAUUAAAAUCAUAUUUGUGUUUCUGUCUGAUUUGCUGGGCACCAUGUCAACUGUACGUAUUUUAAAUGUUCAACCGAUGGUCUGAUGUGUAUUUAUUGAACAGCCUGAUCUGUCUGCGUGUGUGAAAAUGCAAACCCCCAAAACACUGGUUGAUAUUUCUGAAGGAACAGGUAGUUCUGUCAUGGUCAAAGUUUUAUCUUUGUAAGUUGAAUAAAUUCUUUUUAUUUGAAUCAA